AUGACGAUAAAGCUAGAAUUUGUCAAUGUCGUUGUAUCUUCUACAGAAAUGGCGAAGGAAAUUCUGGAGAAACACGAUGCUAGAUUCCUGGGAAGGCCUAUUCCAGAAGCUGGCACAGCAGAGAAGGGGUACGAGCUUAAGCUCGACUCGCUGAGACAUUUGCGACAUGAUGUGGUGAAAAUGUUGGUCGAACGUGUUGUUGAAACUGAGGAACGUAGCGAAGCAAUUUACAUUGGAGGGAUAGUUUUCAGCACGAUGAUGAAGCUGUUGUCAAAGACAUUGUUCUCUGCGGACAUGCUUGAUCCUACAUCAGAUGCCAUGAAAGAGCUGCAAGUGCUUAAUGCCAAAAUCAUUGUGCUUGUUGCAAAGUCUAAUCUUUCUGAUUAUUUCCCUUUCUUAAGGUCAUUUGAUCUACAGUCAAUCAGGAGCAAAAUCAGGGUGUCCUAUGAUCGAUUGCAUGAGCUGAUCGAUGAUAUGAUUGAUAAUUGGAUGAAGCGUAGAAGUGCUACAUCAGAGAGGAGUGAAGAUCUCUUGGAUGUUCUCCUUGAUUAUACUGCACAUGAAGGGCCAGAUAGACUUACACGUCUAGAUAUGAAGCUUCUUAUUCUGGUAAAUUUUGAAACAUUCGGUAUGGCCCAUGAAAGCUGUGGAACCGUGAGAUAA